UAACAUUUCAGGUAGACCAAAACAAAAAAGAAAAUGUUCAAAAUAAAAGACUGUCAAGUUGUUAUAAGCAGUAGCAAUAUAUUAUGAUAUCCCAGUUUGUGGACUUAAUUGGAAAAAAUGCUUUAAGAGCAACAAUUGUAGAACUGUGGCACAGCCAAGCGGCGUGUACGCCCGUUUGCCCCCUCCAGGCUUUCCAUCUGUUUUCUGUCAUUUUAGGGGCUCAGUUCCUCCCAUUUAUCACCGCCUCUUCAAUGCUCAUCCCUUCGAAUCUGCUGCAAAUUGACGAAACGUACACAAAGCACACAACAUAUGUAUCACGCAUGCGUUAAACAAAUAGAUGAUUUUUUUUUUCACGGCAUUUUAAUUAGGAACAGCGCUCUCUGUGUUCACGGGGAGCAGAAGAUGAACCUUUUGCGUGAGUCUGGGGAGGCUCUGGUGCUGCUGUGUCUGUGGGGGAGUGAGCUACAUCCUGUGGCGUUUCCUGUGUUUGUAAACUAGACGCUCCUGAAAACCUCUGCAAGUCAAACAAAAAGUUUUAAUGCUAGAUGAGUGAGGUGGGUGUGGCUUCCCACCAGCCCGACCAUCCUGACUGACGGAUCUCUGGAUGACCUUGUCCCCACCCCUGUCCCUGCGCUCACAUAUACCACAGCAAUGUCCCAUCUGCCCAGCAGCUCAGUCCGCGACCAUAUGAAAUGGGCGGGGCUGCUUGGCUGCGAAGCUGUUCUGUCCAGCAUGGCUCUGAUGCAGGCCAGUUCCAUGGCAGCCCCACCCAAAAAAAUGGUGGCUCCCCUUGGCCAUGGACCACCUCAGAGAGAAGGACCUGACCGUGCUCCUCAGAGCCACAUGAUCCUCCCGUCUGGAAUGAGCUGUCCACCACUGCUUAUCCGGAAGGAAGGUGAAUUCCAAACUCCACGCUUACUGGAUGAGAAAGAGAUGAGAGCCAACGAGGACAUGCAACAGAAAAAAAAGAACAGGAAAUCGGUAACGCCCUGUAAAGUGAGAGAACAAGAAGGAAGGGGAGGGAAGGGCGUGGGGGGAGAUGAAAAUGGCCCGUCCUCCAAAGUGCAGAAAAAUUUUAUUUGUGAUCACUGUUAUGGUGCUUUCAGGAGUGGAUAUCACCUGAAGAGACAUAUCCUCAUUCAUACAGGGGAGAAGCCGUAUGCUUGUGCCGUUUGUGACAUGAGGUUUAUUCAGCGUUACCACCUGGAGAGACACAGCCUCAUUCACACGGGGGUGAAGCCGUACGCUUGCACCAUGUGUGACAUGAGGUUUUUCCAGCGUUACCACCUGGAGAGACACAAACUCACUCAUACGGGGGUGAAGCCAUACGCUUGCUCCAUGUGUGAUAUGAGAUUUUUUCAACGAUACCACUUGGCGAGACACAGCCUGACUCACACGGGGGUGAAGCCAUAUGCUUGCUCCAUGUGUGACAUGAGAUUUUUCCAGAGAUACCACCUUGCAAGACACACUCUCACCCAUACGGGGGUGAAGCCAUACGCUUGCUCCAUGUGUGACAUGAGGUUCUUCCAACGUUACCAUUUGGCGAGACACACCCUCACACAUACCGGUGUGAAGCCGUAUGCUUGUACCAUGUGUGACAUGCGGUUUAUUCAGCGUUACCAGCUGGAGAGACACAGUCUUACCCAUACAGGGGUGAAGCCGUACGCUUGCACCAUGUGUGACAAGAGGUUUUUUCAGCGCUACCACCUGGCGAGACACAGCCUCACUCAUAUGGGUGUGAAACCUUACGCUUGCACCAUGUGUGACAUGAAGUUUUUUCAGCGUUACCACCUGGCGAGACACAGCCUCACUCAUACGGGUGUGAAACCUUAUGCUUGCACCAUGUGCGACAAGAGGUUUUUUCAGCGCUACCACCUGGCGAGACACAGCCUCACUCAUAUGGGUGUGAAACCUUACGCUUGCACCAUGUGUGACAUGAGGUUUGUUCAGCGUUACCACCUGGCGAGACACAGCCUCACUCAUACGGGUGUGAAACCUUAUGCUUGCACCAUGUGCGACAAGAGGUUUUUUCAGCGCUACCACCUGGCGAGACACAGCCUCACUCAUAUGGGUGUGAAACCUUUUGCUUGCACCAUGUGUGACAUGAGGUUUGUUCAGCGUUACCACCUGGUGAGACACAGCCUCACUCAUACGGGGGUGAAGCCGUAUGCUUGUUCCAUGUGUGACAUGAGGUUUAUACAGCGUAACCACCUGGAGAGACACAGCCUCACUCAUACGGGAGAGAAGCCAUUUGCAUGUGACAUGUGUGACAUGAGGUUUAUUCAGCGCUACCACCUCGAGAGACACAAGCGUGUCCACAGCGGGGAGAAGCCUUAUCAGUGCGAACGGUGCCAGCAGAACUUUUCACGCACAGACCGGCUGCUGCGACAUCGGCGGUUGUGCCAGGGUCGCAGCGUAGCUAAAGUAGAAAACCAGCCAUGCUGUGAGCCACGCCCCUACCCCCAGGAGGCCCCACCCGCACCCCCCACCUGGAGUCCCCUGCAUCCACCUCCAGGACGGCUGGCAGUCUGACAUUCCACCCUCCCUGCAUCCACAGCGCCACCGCCGACGGGACGAGCCACAGGGUUUCCUCUUUCUCAGCUCUGGGCCGAGUGGAGUCGCAUUCUCGCUCAGCCGGACGCCGCAUCUCCAUUCUUGGAAUAAACGAUGAACUUUUAGGGGUUUUUUUUUCACUUUUUACUGUUCUUUUUUUUAACAUGAAACUUCUUUGUGAUGAACAAUGGUCCUGUUUUAUACUAAAUUUGCCCCCUCCCUCCACAAAAUAAUCCACAUCUGGCAGCAAUCCAGAAGGACACCAGGUCAUGUUUGCCUUGAUUUCUUUUGAAAAAAAAAGAGGCUUUUAGUGGGAGGGGUAAAGUGCUACAGAUUUUUUUGUAACAGAACUGUCAGUGCAGGUCAGAUUUGAUAAAACAGAUUUUCUGUUUUAAGCUAGAAGUUAAAGAUUAAAACAUUUCACUGUAGAAAUAAUACUUACGGCAACAACUGUGACCAAAACAGGCAGGAAAAAAGGUCCAGUUUAUUUCGUUCUUUGGUGCAUUCACAAUGAGACGUUAGUUUCCUCUUUCAGGUUGAAAAUCCAGCCUAAAAACCCUCCAGAUUCAGUCUGUUUCUACUGUAAAGGGAACCAGAAAUCUUUAUCAGUGUUGGGAUUUGUUUGGGACAGAAACCUCAACACUUGUUCCAGACAUCAUUAGGUAUGUGUUACUGUCACUUCAGCUCUAUACAUACGUAUAAAUAUAUAGAUAGAUAUAUAUACAACCUAUAUAAAGAGAGACUUCCAGUGUUUUCAUCAAAAGUCGUCUCUUCUGUAAAUCUGUGGGAGUGGGAUGCAGGGAGAUUUCUGAACGUCCCACCAUGCCGUUUGUACAGAUUGUCACAUUGUGAGAUUAGCAUUCGUAUACAAAAUAUUGUGGCCUUAGUAUGUUUUUUUUCCUUUUUUAAUUUUUUUUUAUCUUGGGUUCCCCAGAUGCCUUUUUAAAAUCUGUUUUUUUUAAAUAUCAUUGUGAAUCAAAUGCAAAUACUCGCUUUUAUUUCCUCUGUUUUUGAAAACUGCUGACGCAGGUGGCUCUAAAAUGGACUAAUGAGUUCUUCUGUUGAGGUGUCCACUUUGUGAUAAAAUUACUACUAUAGGUCAUUUUUUAUCGCUAACAUCAUCACAGUAUAUAAUGCUAAAAGGGUUCCUUUGGAGGAGAGGGUGGUGCUGGUGCAGUUCGGCUUCCGCUCAUGCUCAGUCAAGAACUCUGCGACACAAAGAAAAUGCCUCGUCAUCCAGAUGUGCAGUGGAUGUGUAAAAGUUGUCAUUGGGUCGAGCCGUGAGUGACGUGGUUGUGGGGAAGGAGGAUGAACUCUCUGACGCUGCGACGGGUUUUCCAGCCUGAAGGCAAAGAGGUGGCUAAUGCUGUUGGUGUUCUCAAACUUGAUCCUUUUUGUCACAGUUACACUGGUGUCCAUGGCCUAAAAGGAUCCAUGGUGGGCCUCAUGGGUCCAUUUUGGGUCUUAAGGAUCAACUCUGGGUCUCAUUGGUGCAUCUUGGUUCUGAAGGGUCCACACUGGGCCUCAUCUUGAAUCUGAAAGGGUUAAUCCUGGGCCUAAAGGGUCAACGCCGGGCCUCAUGGGUCCAUCUUGGGUCUGAAGGGUCUACGCUGGGCCUCGUGGGUCCAUCUUGGGCCUGAUGGGUCCAUGUUGGCCCUCAUGGAUCUGUCUUAAACCUAGAAGGUCAAUGCCGGGCCUGAUGGGUCCACGCUGGACGGGUAGGAUGUUCCACAGGCUCCUUUUUGUUUACCGGACCACAUGAAUUUCUUGGCUCCAUGUUCAGACUUCCUUAAGGAUUCUUGUGGACUCUUCAUCCCUUCUAAAUAAGCAUCAGAGUACUGCGAUAAUUGAUAUUUUACCAAAGGUUUUCUAGGUCACUGGUCCUGGUUUUUUAAGACGAAGUUGUGGAAAUGCGCCACUUUUAUUCUUGAAUCUGUGGGAACUAAAAGGGCCAAGUUUGAGAAAUGCAAAAUGUCGCUUUGGUAACACUAUUCCCAUCCGUGGAGGGUAUGAGCACAUACGUUAAAAUGGCGAAAGGGCAAUACAGUAUAUAGUUCCUGUCACUUGUUAAUAACUUUUUGUCAUUUAUUAGUUUUUAGUAUUACCGACAUUGUUGAAAGGAGCUCGACUCCUUUGAUCGUUUCUUAUAAAACAGACGUUUUCAUUUGAGCUUCCAGGGCGACUUUGUCUGGAGCUUUUUUGUUUUGUUGCAUCAUGUUUUGAUGAUUGUUUCAAGGACCUUUUUGUUUUUUAUUUUGACGAAAACGACACUGGAGUGAAAAGAAAAGACAAAAAAGAAAUGGAUUUUUUUUUCCUUCAUUCUGUACUAGGUUUUAGACAAAGCCUUCUUCCUCCUCAACCCAACUAAAGAAGGCGAACAGAACCAUUUGGAUCAGUACAGUUGGGAGCCCAGUAUGUUCUGUACUUUUGACAUUAGAGGGCGUAGUACUGCAGGAAGAGAUUUUCUUUCUUCUACAAAGUCCCUGGUUUUUGUAGUAAAUUAAACUGAUAUUAGGUGAACAACGGCAUAACAAUAGCUAUCACAGAUUAGUUGUCUUCUUUUUUUUAGUCUUGCAUGCAGUUAUGGUCCUCAGUUAAAAUAGGAUCUUGAUAUUGAUUAUUUUGUGUAGGAAAAUGAGUGCAUAAGAACUUCCUAAAAUUGUUUCAAUGAUUAUUGUAAAAUGGGCUAACUAAUAUGUACCCUUGUGAUCCAAGUAGUUUCAACUGUAUAAAAAAAUCAGAGGAGAGGCUUCUUACUAUUAUGCUAAAUAAAGAAUUUGUAAAGGA